UUUUCUCUCUUUACAUACAGUGUUGAUGUACCGGGCUGAGGCUAUGGAAGACUUUACCGGCCCAGAUUGUCGUUUUGUGAAUUUUAAAAAAGGAGACCAUGUCCAUGUCUACUAUAAACUGGCGGGGACAUCGCCGGAAGUUUGGGCUGGAACUGUUGGACGUAUUUUUGGAUAUUUUCCAAAGGAUUUACUUCAGAUAGUCCAUAAAUACACGAAAGAAGAGCUACAAAUUCCAGCAGAUGAGACAGAUUUUGUUUGCUUUGAUGGGGGAAGAGACACUUUUGAUAACUAUAAUAUAGAAGAACUUCUAGGAUUUUUGGAUUUGCACAAUUCUGCAACUAGAGAUUCUGAGAAAGCUCUAGAAAAAACCUCUCAGCCUGUGGAAGAGCCUCCUGAAGUACCUGAAGAAAGUGACCUUGAAACUGAUUCAGUGCAAGCUACCUCAGAAGAAAGAGAAAGUGUUUUCUCAGAAAGCACCAAGGAACUCCAGGACCGUCAUGAGGCUCCGAAGAACCACCCCCCUGUAAACAGUCAAAGAAAUCACCCUCAGGGAGAACAAUCCUCAUCGGAACCGCUGGAAGAAAUGCUUCGAGAUAACUUAACCGUGUCAGCCAGUGAAAACAACACAGCCAGCAAUAGCUCUCAGCUCUCCAACGAGCAGAAGACUGAUGCUUAUAAACUUUUGAAAAAAGAAAUGACUGUGGACUUGAAAACCAAAUUUGGCUCAACUGCUGAUGCACUUGUGUCUGAUGACGAGACAACCAGGCUCGUUACUUCCUUAGAAGACGAUUUUGAUGAGGAAUCAGAUGCUGAGUACUACGUAGUUGGGAAGGACGAAGAGGAAGAAGAUGAAGAAGACUUUGAUGAGUUGCCAUUACUAACCUUCACAGAUGGAGAGGAUUUGAAAAUGCCAGUGGAAUCUGAAGUUGAGAAAUAUUUAACCGAUAAAGAGCAGAAUUCAAGUGAAGAGGAUGAGGGGGAGGUAAUAACUCAGCCCCUUGGCAUCAAAAAGGGUGAUAAAAAUAUACGAACAACUUUGGAGGAUACUGUCUUCUCUGCUGUCACAGAAGGUGAAGAGCAAACAGGUAUGGAUUUUGAGAGUUCUGAUUCAGCGGAAGAAGAGGAAGGUGAGGAUGGAUUAAUCCCAGACAGCAAAUGGGGGAAACCACAAUCAGCAGCAGAUGAUAAUGACCCUGAAAAGGCAGAGGAUGGUCUUUUGAUUGUAGAAGUUCCUAAAACAAACAAUGACAAAAACCCAUUAAUGGACACAGAACUUCAUAUUAAAGGAAAAGGGAGGACUGUUGAGGAAUCCAACAGGGACCUGGUGGAAGGUAAGAAAGGAUUGGAGGAUGGAAAGAAAGAAGACAGGACUCUGCCUGGUUCUAUGCAAAGCAGUAACCUCAACUCUUUGCCAGCUACUGAAAAGGGUAAAGAAAUAUUAAAAUCAGCCUUUUAUAACAAAGAAAAUGACCUAAAAGGAGCAGCUGUUCAUAUCUCAAAAGGAAUGGCUCAUGAAGAGAAGCCUGGAGAACAGAUUUCGGAAGGUGACUCAGUGAAUGUAUGGAAACAUAGAGCUGCAGGGAAUGAAAUGAAGGAAGAAAAGAUUAAACAGGAAGCCAUGGAUGGUACACGGCUCUUGGGAGAUAAUGAGCAUAAUGCAUCCAGAGACAGUGUGGAGAAGGGAAUAGAUGUUUCCGGAAAUGGACCAGAACAACACAUGCCCGCAGCGGAGCAUCCAAGUGAGGAAUUUAAAGAGGAACAGCUUCUUAAAACUCAAAAUCAACCUAGGUUCUCCUCUCCCGAUGAAAUUGGUUUGUCAGCAGAACUGGAAGAUGAGGGUUCCAUUCUGGGAAGAAAUUUGUCCGGGCAGCCAGGAGAUGUGGCUGCUGCAGUUAAUAAGGAAGUGAAGGGGAAGACAAGGCUGAAUGAGGAAGAGGUCACAGGGGACACCUUAAGUGAAGAGCUUGUUCAUCCACAGCCAGGCACUCCGGAAGCAGAAAUAGCAGGCCAGACUGAUAGCUCAGAAGUACCAGGUUUCCAUCCUGAACAACCAGAGGCAGAGGAUGACGAUUCCAGCGCUGAAGAACUGCUGGAGGACGAAAAUGCUGUAAGUGCAAAACAGUCUAAAGAAAAAGGCCCUGAGAUGCAGGACAGGCAGUUAGAUGUUAAUCCGCAAGUCUCUGGAAGUGGAAUUUUCGACGCCAUAAAUACUAAUGUAGAAACUGAAGAAAACAAAGAAAACACUAGUAAUAUUUUGGAAACUGAAAGCAAAAAUGAAACUGAGGGCAGAGGGGUAGGCACGCUAGGCAAGGAACCUGGUGGCCCGGAGGUAGAAACAGAAGAAAGCCCUCCUGCAGGUAAGAAAGCACAGAGACCAUCUGAAGGGAGUGACUUUCCUGACAAGAGAAAAUAUCAGACUCCGGAGUUAGAUGAAGUACUUCGGAGUCAAGACCCUGGUUAUCUUAAAGAAGACAACCCUGAGGAAGACCCGAAGACCUCGGGGCUCGCAGCGAAGCCUGGGGUAGAGCUCUCGAAAGCGGGCCAGGAGGACACACAGAAGUUCAUGGACACACAGAGCCAGGGGGCUGCUGCUGAGGCACGUGAAGGCGACGUCCCCGGGGCUGCACACACAACCGCAAAGCCAGAGCACAGCGCCCACAGGGAGGACCUGCCUAUCAUAAGCAGCUUCUUUAAGGAGCAGCAGUCUCUGCAGCGGUUCCAGAAGUACUUUGAUGUCCACGAGCUGGAAGCCAUGCUCCAAGAAAUGUCGCGAAAGCUGAAGUCGGCACAGCGGGACAGCCUGCCCUACAACGUGGAGAAAGUCCUGGAUAAGGUCUUCCGGGCGUCUGAGUCACAGAUUUUGAACGUAGCAGAGAAAAUGCUCGAUGCUCUUGUGACCGAAUGGAGAGAUUCGGGAAUGGAAGAACGUAACAUUCUUGAAGAGGCUGCAGUGCUAGACGAUGUUCAAGACCUGAUCUAUUUUGUCAGGUACACACACUCCACAGGGGAGGAUACUGGACCACUGGCAACGACACAGCCUCCAGAGGGAGGCUGGGGGGGACCAGCGGAAGAGAUACAGCCACCGCUGGAAGAUAAUUUCCCACAAGAGAACAUAGAAGAUCUCAAAAUGCAGAUUCCUGAGGAGCCUGGCCAUUCAGAUCAACCCGUGUCGAGUCACGUGGGUGUCUUAGAAGUGUCACAGAAGCCGAAUACUGAGAAAGACGAACACCCAGGGAUAUUUGUAACCGAAAGCACUCCUGACUAUGCUGUUGAUGGAAAAGAGCAACUAGAAGUACAUGCCGAAGAGCCAGCUAGCGCCACGCCUGUCAUGGUUUAUUUGACUAAGACGCUACUUUCUACAUUGCCUGGUGAUGUUCAGCCCGGGCCUGAUUUUUAUGGACUGCCAUGGAAGCCUGUACUUAUCACUGCCUUCUUGGGAAUUCUUUCAUUUGUCAUUUUCUUCUGGAGAACCAUCCUUGCUGUAAAGAGUCAUGUGUACCAAGUCACUGAACAACAAAUUUCUGAGAAGCUGAAGAUGCUCAAAAAAGAAAACGCAGAUCUUGUACAAAAAUUGUCAAAUUAUGAGCAGAAGGUCAAGGAAUCAAAGAAGCAUGUUCAAGAAACCAAGAAACAAAAUAUGAUUCUCUCUGAUGAAGCAACUAAAUUUAAGCAUAGAAUCAAGGAACUUGAAGAAACUAAGGAAAAUCUGAACGAUACAGCAAAAAAUCUGCGUCUCCUUUUAGAAUCUGAGAGAGAACAGAAUGCCAAGAAUGAGGACUUGAUAUCAGAAAACAAGAUAUCUUUAGAGAAGUUAAAGGAUGUUAUUGCAAUGAAUGCCUCAGAACUUUCAGAGGUUCAGAUUGCCCUUAACGAAGCUAAACUUAGUGAAGAGAAGGUGAAGUCCGAAUGCCAUCGGGUUCAAGAGGAAAAUGCUAAGCUUAAGAAGAAGAGAGACCAGUUGCAGCAGGAAAUCAAAGACUUGAAUAAAUCCCACGCUGAACUCAGUGAGCAAAUCAAAUCAUUUGAGAAGUCUCAGAAAGAUUUGGAAGUAACUCUUACUCAAAAAGAUGAUAAUAUCAAUGCUUUGACGAAUUGUAUCACACAGUUGAAUCGGUUAGACUGUGAAUCUGAAUCUGAGCAUCAAAAUAAAACAGGAAAUGAAUCAGAUGAACUAGCAAACGGGGAAGUGGGAGGUGACCGAAGUGAGAAGAUGAAAAAUCAGAUUAAGCAGAUGAUGGACAUUUCUCGGACACAGACGGAAAUAUCCGUUGUUGAAGAGGAUCUAAAACUUCUACAGUGUAAGCUGAGAGCCUCGAUGUCCACAAAAUGUAACCUGGAAGGUAGGUUGCCAGAUAUUGGAAAGACAAAGAAUUGCUUUGGAUGCCUGGCUGGCGUGACUCAGUGGUUGAUUUCUGCUAAUGAGAAGAAAGCGCACGAGAACUGGCUCAAAGCGCGUGCGGCAGAAAGAGCUAUGGCUGAAGAGAAGAGGGAAGCAGCCAACCUGAGACACAAGUUAUUAGAAUUGACCCAGAAGAUGGCGAUGCUGCAAGAACCUGUGAUUGUAAAACCAAUGCCCGGAAGGCCCAGCGCACAGAACCCUCCACGGAGAGGCCCCCUGAGCCAGAAUGGCUCUUUCGGCCCCUCGCCCGUGAGUGGUGGAGAAUGCUCCCCGCCACCGAGAGACCCGCCCACGAGACCUCUCUCUGCCACGCUCAAUCGAAGAGAUGUGCCCAGAAGUGAAUUUGGUUCAGUGGACGAGCCUCCACCUCCUCUCCAGUGCUCUGAGGCACCUGGGAGCCCCUCUGCCUCUGACCCCGGUGCAGCUCCCAUGAUGAACAGCAGCCCAAGAAGCGCUUCCCCUUCCAGGGUGGGUGAGGGCAAGGUGAAUAUGGCUGCAGAAGGGCCCCCUCCUUUCCCAGGCGUGCCCCUCAUGAGCUCCUCCAUGGGAGGCCCUCUACCGCCGCCCAUUCGCUAUGGACCACCUCCUCAGCUCUGCAGGCCUUUCGGGCCUCGGCCAUUUCCUCCACCAUUUGGUCCUGGUUUCCGGCCACCUCUAGGCUUAAGGGAAUACGCACCUGGCGUUCCACCGGGGAAACGGGACGUGCCUUUCGACCCUCGAGGAUUUGUACCGGGACACCCUCAUUUUAGACCUGGAGGCUCUCCUGGCCCUCGGGAGUACUUUGCUCCUGGCCCCCGACUACCGCCCCCGAGCCACGGCCCCCCGGAGUACCCUUCCCCUGCUGCAAGAGACUCACUGCCUCCUGGCUCCAGAGAGGAGCCCCCACCUGCCUCUCAGAGCGGCAGCCAGGGCUCCUCCCAGACCUUGAAACAGAGCCCGUAACUCCGACAUGCAGCCGGAGAGGAAGUGGACUGUGCGCUAUCCAUUACAGUCUCAGAUCCAAAAGUUUCAAUAAAGUUAGUUUUUAGACCUAAGCUGCCCCGGCAGUGUGCAUUUUUGAGCCAAACAAUGAAAAAAUACCAUUUCUCCCCUUAAAUGAAAAUCACCUCGUGAGCUAGAGCCUCCUCCCAACUUUGAAAUGUGCAAUAAAGAAUACCUGUGUCUUAGUUCGUGUAGCAUAUGUAACUGUUCAAUGAUUUAGAACGUCAUGAAAAAUAUGAACAUUUCCUGUGGAAAUGCCAUAAGAACAUGUAUUUCCAUUUAUUAUCCUGUUUUUAGUGGACACCAGUUGAACGCAGAGCAACGGUGUUUAUAAGCUUGAAUUUUUAAAGUAUCUGGUCGCAAGGACUGUUACGCUAAAAAUGUUUACUAAGAAAUCACUGAACUUUAUCUCCCCUCUUGCUGAAGUUCUUUGUAGUGGAAGUUCAUUAAAAUUUGGUUAUUGAUGUUU